UCCCCGCCGCUUCAGACGGCUUUUCCGCCUGGGGCUUGGAAGGAGGAGGAGGAGGAGAAGAAGCCGGAGAAGGAGAAGGGCAAGCAGCAGGGACCCUUCGGGCAUCGCGGAGGGCUGUUUCUCUUGGCUUUGGGGCUUUCCGUGUUUCGGUGUGUCUCUUCGGAAGGAGCGGGUGGGCAUGGUGGCCCUCUCCCAAGGCCCUUGGAAGGAGAAGAAGAAAGAAGAAGAAGAAGGGAAGACACAUUUCUUUUAAAGAGACUGCAGCCACUCCAGUGGAUGUAAAAGGAGAUUGUCAUUAUUGUUGUUAUUCUUGGAGGGAGAGAGAGAGAGGAAGGGAGGCGAAGAAGGGAAAGGAGACCCAGCCACCCUCAAAGCUGGCGUAUGCUCCAGCUGGCCUUGGCCUCUCCUCCUCUUCCUCGCGGGCCAUCAUCCUUUGGAGAAGGGGCUCCGUCGGAAGCCCUGUCCGACUCCUCCUGCCCUCCUCCUGCUUCCUCCUCCUCCUCCUCUCUCUGCCCCUCCAUCAUUUCAGGCUGCUGCUGGUCCUGGCUGCCUGGACUCGGGCCCCGGCUCCUUCAUGAGUUGCGGACGGCAUGCCCGAUUUUUAGCCGGGGGUCUUCCUUCACGUCCCGCAUGUUCAGGACCAAAAGGUCGGUGCUCGUCCGGAGACUCUGGCGGAGCCGCGCGGCGGGAGGAGCCUCGUUUUCGGCAGCAGCAGCAGCAGCAGCGGGAGCAACGACGCCGGGAGCAGCCGGAGCCGGAGGCAGCCCCGCCGGAGGAGCAGCCGAGGAGGAAGGCGGAGGGGGAGAGUUAGGGGAAGGAGCCCUGGACCCCCGGAUCCAUGGAGGCGGAGGCGGCGGAGGGAGCCGAGGGUGCUGCCUGGGCAAAGGCGGCAAGGGGGCCAAGCUGCACCCCUUGGGCUCCUCGGAGGCCGAGCUCAAGGCCCUGACCCACGCGGUGCUCAAGCGGCUGAAGGAGAAGCACCUGGAGGGCCUGCUGCAAGCCGUCGAGUCCCGGGGGGGCGCCCGCACCUCCUGCCUCCUGCUGCCCAGCAAAGGCGACGCCAAGCUGGGCCAGCACUGGUACUCCCUGCCGCUCCUGCUGGGCAAAGUCUUCCGAUGGCCAGACCUGCGGCCCGGGUCCGAAGUCAAGCGGCUGGUGGGCUGCGAGUGCUACGGGACGAAGAGCCUCCGGCCGGACGCCCUGGUCUGCUGCAACCCCUUCCACCUCAGCCGCCUCUGCGAACUCGAGUCUCCCCCGCCUCCCUACUCCAGAUACCCAAUGGAUUUUCUCAAACCAACUGCAAGUUGUCCAGACUCUGUGCCUUCCUCCACUGAGACAGGAGGAAUUAAUUAUCUAGCCCCUGGGGGGCUUUCAGAUUCCCAAGUUCUACAAGAAGCAGGGGAUCCAUCACACUGGUGUGUGGUGGCAUACUGGGAAGAAAAAACACGUGUGGGGCGGCUGUAUUCUGUCCAAGAGCCUUCCCUGGAUAUCUUCUAUGAUCUACCUCAGGGGAAUGGCUUCUGCCUCGGACAGCUCAAUUCGGACAAUAAAAGCCAGCUGGUGCAGAAGGUCCGGAGCAAGAUUGGCUAUGGCAUCCAGCUGACCAAGGAAGUUGAUGGGGUAUGGGUUUACAAUCGAAGCAGUUACCCGAUUUUCAUCAAGUCGGCCACACUGGACAACCCUGACUCCAGGACGUUACUGGUUCAUAAAGUGUUCCCAGGCUUUUCCAUCAAAGCAUUUGACUAUGAGAAAGCUUACAGCUUACAAAGGCCUAACGACCACGAAUUCAUGCAGCAACCAUGGACUGGCUUCACUGUUCAGAUCAGCUUUGUGAAAGGCUGGGGCCAGUGCUACACGAGACAGUUCAUCAGCAGUUGCCCCUGCUGGUUGGAGGUUAUUUUUAAUAACCGAUGACUCCUGUCACUUAGACCGGACUCAGAAAUGACAUUUUAUAACUACUUUGCUGCUAAAUAUCUCCUUCUGAGUGCUUGCUUUUUCAUGCAACCUUUUUGUCUGUUUGUUCUGUUUUGAGAAAUAGCUUAUGGAAAGAUAUUUUUUCCCUUUUCUCUCUGUUCUUUUGUUUUUGCAUUUUUUGGCUCUGGUAUUUUUGAAAAACAAAAGAUUACGUGUGAAUGACCAAUAACUCAGAAGGCACCUAGAAAAGCAGGUGAGAGGGACAGGAGAGAACUCACUAGGGGAUCAUCUUUUAUCCUUUUUAAGUUAUUACCCCAACCUGGUGGGUGGCAUUAGAUGCAACCUGAUUUUUGCAUAGCUCCCUCUCUUGAAUCAAAAUAAUCGUAAGACUUCUCUCCCUCUUCCCACUUCUGUAAACAUACCCCAACCUAGAGACUUGUGUUUGCUCCUGUAGAUAAUCAGUGUUCUUAGGCUACACUGUAUAUUUCUGUGAAAGGAGUAAAUUUGUGUGCAGAAAGCUCCAUUGAUAAGAUCCAUUUUUUGGCAUUGAAGUAAAUAAAGAGGUCAUCGAAGAAAGACAGACAGCUGCCCCAAAAGCUGCCAGAGUUUCAAUAAAUUUCUGGAUAAGGUUAUUUUAUUAAAAAUGAAAAGCAAGAUCAACUACAUUGGCCAUAAAAUAAAUUUCAAAAUCUGUAGUGGGAGAAUACCUAUACCUAUGCAGUGGGCCCUUUCUAUAUCGGCUGGGGUUUGGUUGCAAGACCCCGCAUGGACACCAAAAUCCAUGGUUGCCCAAGUCCCAUUACAUAAUGUAGUAAAAUGGUUCUCGUAACAUAAAAUGGCAAAAUCAAAGCUUGCUUUUUGGAAUUUAUAUUUUUUUACUAUUUAAGCCAUGGAUGGUGGUAUCUGUGGAUAAAGAAUUUGUGGAUACAGAGGGUCGGUUGUAUUAGGAUGAGCAACAAGUGUGUAAGCUUUUACGAUCUCUUUUAUGGGCAAAAAAUGGGGAGAAGGGGGGAUAAUGUGGUCUGAAUGAUCUAGAACCCAUUUCCCUGAAAUCGCAUGCUAGGCCAUUCUUGAUCACACAACUCUUUAAGUACAAGUCCUCCUUGAACCUGGUGCUAAAUUAUUCACAUCAGUGAGGUGCCUUCCUGCUACACAACAUAAUGUGCACACCUGAACAACAACCCCACUUUGCUGCAGCUUAUGCCAGCCCAUUCCAUCUGCUCUUUCUUACAGCCAUGCUGACUCCUUUGCAGAUAUGAAGGAAACUGACCCCUUGAUGGUGCCCAAAAAGCCCACAUGGUCACUAUGGCACAAAAUCGAAUGUACACAACAUGUGUGCCUACGCAUGUAGUCAGCUUAGGGAGCAAAUGCUGCACAGUAAAAUAUUGGCCAAAUUUGUUCUUAAUAUCUCCUUUCUCAUUCCCUACUCCCUCUCUGUUGCAGCUAUUCUGCUGCUUUUGGACUUCAGGUGUCUGUGUCAUUGUGGAAGCAGCAGCAGCAGCAGCAGCAGCAUGGGUUUGAAAGGGGUAUGCCUGUGUUUCUGUUCUGCUUAAGAGAUAAUUUGUGAUGCCGGGAAAACAAUAAGGUGCAUGGCCUAUGAACUGUGAUGCAGACAUCUUGCUCCCUUCUUGAUAUUUUUCUUUAUAAAGGACGAAAAGGAUUUUCAGUAUUUAUCUCCGUAUAACCUGUCCUGGUUGGGUUUAUGAUAGUACUGUUUGUAUCCAGAAACUGCAGUCAUUCAUUUAUUUCUUCUUGAAUUCAUACACUUAGUAUGAUAAUUUUACACUGUUCUUAGCUCAAUGAGCAUGUUUAGACCGUAACAUAAGCUAUUUUUCUAAAUAUAUUAAAAAAAAGGUUUAAGUGAACAAGAGGAGCUUUCUCAUUGGAAUUUUAGCAUUGAAGUGCUUUGGGAAAUAACAACAACAAAAAAAGAGAGACUUCUUUAAAAAGAACCCUGAGAUUUAUUAAAAGAAAAAAAUUGUAUUUUAUGUUAUAUAUAAAUAUAUUAUUACUUGUAAAUACAAAGACGUUUUAUAAGCAUCAUUAUUUAUGUAUUGUGCAAUGUGUAUAAACAAGAAAAAUAAGAAAAGAUGCACUUUGCUUUAAUAUAAAUGCAAAUAACAAAAUGCCAAAUUAAAAAAAAAGAUAAAAGCAUAAAGUUGGCGUGUGUGUUUUCCCCCCUCCUUCUUCCUAUGAUGAACAUGAAUAUUUUUUGGUAAGAAAACCGAUACAGCUAAACAUUAUUUUUAAAAUGUACACUUGGGGUGCUGUUGUGCACAGCUUGAUUUUUCAGGAUGAGGUGAUGUCAGGGAAAUAUUAACAUUGAACAUUGCAGGUGUUUACAUUGCAACAACUGCUCAUUUGAGCAACACUGUCAGUGUUGCCGGAAGUUGCAAUAAAUUGUCUGUGUGAGCUGA